CACUAUAGCCAAAGGUGUCACUAUAAGUCUUGCCGGGUGUACUAAUCUUGGUUAUAUGUGCCGAGUAGUAUUGUUGAACAUGAUUGAGGGUUAAUUAGCGGAAAGAUAAUUGUCCCAGCAAUUGUAUUGUUUGGAUUGAAGACUCUGUGGUGAAAUGGACACCUAUAAGAAUGCAAUCUCUGAAAAUGGAUUGUUGAAAGUACAUGUAUGGAUCACCAAUUAUGGCAGAAAUACAGCAGCACACAAGAAUGAUCUUGGAAUAUUAGGUGAUAGCCUUAUUUAUUUCAUCUCUAAAUAAGUGAAAUGUAUGUUUCAUGACAGCAUUGAGAAACUGUCAGUUUAGGUUCCUGACUGCAGAAAAGAAUGAACUGAUGUUUGUAAUCAGAACAUCAUGAUGCCUAAAAAAGAGUCUUUUACAUGUUCCCUCUGUGGUAAGGCAUUUACAGAGGCAUCUGAAUUAGGUUUUCAUAUGAGAACUCAUGAGGGAGAGCAGCCAUUUGAGAAUGAAGAGUAUGACGAAAAACCUAAUAUUAGCAGUACACUUAAGGACGACAUGACCAGUGAUGGUGAAGAGAGAUCUUAUAAGUGUCCAAUAUGUGGGAUUACCUCUACCACACUUGAUACCCACAACAACCAUAUGGAAACUCAUACUGGAGAGAAGGAAUUUAAGUGUUUUGUUUGUUCUAAGAAAUUUAGAUUCAAAAGUUCUUACAGAAAACACACUAAAAUUCAUAAGAAUUAUCCCCUGCGCUGUUCUGUGUGUAGAGUUGUCUUUGCUGAAAAAAAUAGUUUUGAUAUACAUGUGAAGAUUCAUACAGAAACCUCUUAUGAAUGUGAUAUUUGUGGAAAAAAAGCAAGUGAUAAAAGUGCCUUAAAACAACAUCUACGGACUCAUACAGGAGAGAAACCCUAUAAGUGUUCAGUUUGUGGGAAGGGUUUUGUUGUAGCUGGCAACAGGAACAGACACAUGAAAACUCAUUCUGGAGAGAAGCCAUUUGAAUGUACUGUAUGUUUCAAGAGGUUUACAGAGAAAGGUUCUCUAAAAAAACAUAUUGCAAUACAUACAGGAGAAGAACCUUAUAAGUGUUCUUUUUGUGAUAAAAAGUUCACCCAAAAAGGUCAUUUUGAGAGACAUGAGCGGAUUCAUACUGGAGAAAAACCAUUUAAAUGUUCAGUUUGUUCCAAAAGGUUUAGGGAUAAGACCUCACUUGAGAGUCAUGAGUUUGGACAUACUGGGGAAAAACCACAUGUUUGUUCAGUUUGUGGGUCAACCUUUGCACAGAAGGGUAAUCUUAGCAAGCACAUGUUUGUUCAUAAUGGAAAACCACAUGAGUGUUUAUUAUGCUUUAAGACUUUUAGAGAUAAAUCUUGUUUGGAUACCCACAUGUACAGUCAUUCAGAACAGAAGCCAUUUACUUGCCCUGUGUGUAAUAAGGGAUUCACCUCAAAUAAGUAUAUAAAACAGCACAUGCUGGUGCAUUCUGAAGAUAAACCAUAUUCUUGUUCAAUUUGUAACAAGAAAUUUACUCUGAAAGCCUCACACAGAGACCACAUGCGCAUUCAUACCGGAGAGAAACCCUUUUCUUGUUCUAUAUGCAUGAAAACCUUCACAAGCAAAGGUACAUUGGCAAGGCAUUUGCAUACCCACAUAAUUGGGAUGCUUAAUUGCACAGUAUGUUCUAAGGAAUUUUUAGAUCAAACAAAACUUGAAAAACACAUGUAUAGCCAUACAGGAGAGAAGCCCUAUAAGUGUGCUGAAUGUAAGAAACAAUUUAUCACAAAGAUGGGCCUUGAAAAACACUUGCAUAAUCACACAGUUGAAAAAGCAUUUGAAUGUUCUGAUUGUGGCAAGCGUUUUGUAACAAAACAAGGACUAGGGAAUCACAAGCGUAAUAGUCUUAGAAAUAGGGGACUAGAGUGUACACAUUGUGAAAAGCUAUUUACCUCAGUAUCUCUUUUCAAGGCACAUAUGCUCACACAUGAUGUGAAACUUGAAGAAAAUCAUUGGACAUCCCUUAGUGAGAAAAAUAAAGCAAACCCAGAAUUGAUAGUUCCCGAUAAGGAUAUAAAGAAAGAUGUUGAUGAUGAGUGUGUCAGCUUUAAUGCCUCUCCCCAAAAUGAAUUGCAGAUGGAUAUUGAUUAUAUGAAAGAGGAAACUGAUGAAAAUUUUUCCACAGUUGAAUUACACAAUUCACAAGUGAGUUUAGGAAAGCUGAUGAAUAAUUCUUGCUAUAAACCUCCUAGAUCAUCCACUGAGGAAGAGAAACUUAAAUGCUCUAUUUGUAUGAAACGAUUUACAUUUCAAAGUCAAUUAUCCCGACAUCUUAGGACUCAUACAGGUGAUAAACCAUUUCAGUGCACCAUAUGUGGAAAGAGUUUUUCUGAUAAUUAUGUUCUAAAGAAGCACAUUCAGGUUCAUACGGGAGAAAAGCCAGCAUCAUGUGUAAUAUGUUCCAAGAAAUACCCUGACAAAACUAGUCUCCACACACACCUGUUAAGUCACACCGGAGAAAGACCAUAUCCAUGUACUUUAUGUGAUAAAACCUUUAUAACCAAGGCAAAUUUAAAGCGGCAUAUGCUAACUCAUUCAGAUGUGAAGGUAUUUCAGUGUAGUAUUUGUGAAAAACGUUUCACAAGACAAGAUCCGCUUAGGAGACAUAUGUUGAUUCAUACCAGAGAGAAACCAUUUCAGUGUUCUGUGUGUUUCAGGAAGUUCCAGGAAAAAGGGACCCUGAUACGACAUUCAAGAACACAUACCGGUGAAAAACCUUAUGAGUGUUCACUGUGUAAUAAGAAGUUUAGAGCAAGGGGUACACUGAGUAAACAUUUUCAAACUCAUUCAGGAGCUAAACCUUUUGAAUGUGUUCACUGCAAUUGUAAGUUUAAAACCAAUUUUCAUUUAAAACAGCACAUGAUAACUCAUGAACCAGAACACAAAGAUGAAGCAACUGGAAAGUUAUAUGCUGAUGAUAAAGAACUUAUUGAUUGUGCUGAUAAUAUCAUAGAUGUCGGAAAUUUAUGUUUGGAUGAAGCUUUGAUUGAAAAUGGUUUCAUUAAAACUGAGGUUGAUGAUGACACUACGUUUAAGAAUCUUUCAAUUUAAAGAAAUUAUAUACAAGUUGAUAGAGUGCUCUGUUAUGGAAAAAAAAAUUAAUACGUUAACAAUGCUGGAAUUUGAUAUUCGUUAAUUGUUCAAUUUUUUCUGUUGAGUUGUUUAUCAAUCUCGAUGAUAGGGUGGCCAGUUUAGGGUACCAUGUCCAAUGCUAUUGUUGCUUUUUACGCAAGAAAGUCCCCUCUUUUUUUUUUUUAUAGAAUAGUCCAGUAAUUUAUUUGGAAUAACUUUGUGUGUUACUGUGCAACUGAGCAUUUGGUGAGCUUUAAUCGUUUUAUCUACAAAUUUAUUUGUGAAAGGUUAUGUCAAAAUGAUCAGCUUUUCACCGGAAGAUGCAUUUUAAAUUAUUUUUGGUCGAGUUCUCCAUUUAUUUAUUCAUAGCCAGGUUCCUUUAUCUUGCCAUACAUCAUGGUUAUUGUUGUAAACAUAAAACCCAAUGAUUGUGGUCUCUACUCAAUACUACUUUCUUAUUACAAGUAUAGUACAGUACAUUACCUCACAAAUCCCUCACCCUUUUAUCCCCUGCUUGACCUGUGUCCUAAGUUUUAGGUUUUAAACCUUUGUUUUUACGUCUUCACUUUGCCUUUACAUUUCCUUGAUUUUUAUUUUUCUUCACUUAUCAGCUUACUAGCCAUUCAGGUGGAUGUUCUGUAUAAUGAUAAAAAAAUUCCUUUUCACCAAUUGGUGUUUUCCCAGAGCUGAACAUGUUUCCUUACCAAACUUCCCUUGUCAUGGCUAUAGUAAUAGUCUCCAGGAAAGCAAAGCUGUAAACUGUAUGACUUUGUCUUGUGCAUUACUCGUGUCUUUUAAAAUACAGUAGUGCCUCGAUACACUGGACUAAUUUGGGCAGACCCCAGUCUGGAAAAUGUGAAAGUCCCCCCAAAAUGAUGCUAUGGUGAGGGGGAGGGGGUGUCUGGAUACUGCUUAUCUGGACUGUUUGAAGAAAAUAAGUUAUUUUUAUAAUGUUUUUACUACACUUCAAUAACUAAGGUCUUUUAGGUGGAUAACAAGUUAGUAAAACACUAUUGCAUCAACAGUAAUAGAUAAUAUGAGAGGUAGAACUCUGUUGAAAAUUAGACUAAGUCUGGUUGUCGACAACUGUAUUCACUAAUAUGAUUAUUAUUAACUGUAAAGUGUUAUAUGUAAAUAACCACAGAAUUUACCUUGUGAAUGAUGUGAAAACUAUAUACUUUACAGUACUAUAAAGAUAAAAAUAAGAGUGCAGGGUAUAUUGUGUAUGGGAGAUAUGAGUGAACAUUACUGUACGUAUAUGGGAGUACCAGGUGGAGGGUAGUGCAGGUGUGUGGCUUCCACCCCUCCCUAACCCUAGGGUCACUGUAACACCUCUUUAUGCAAUUUUACCAUAAUUCUCGUAUUAUUUAGGUUCAUUUGGUGCUGGGUUAAUAACAUAUUUUUGUAAAAUAAUCAACUUUAGUGAAAAAAGAAUCCCACACACUCAACCCAGAUAAAUCAUUGCAUUGUACUGUAUUCGAUUCCUGGUACAUUACUGUAAUUUGCUUACAAGGUGCAAACAGCUAAUCAUCCUAGCUCCCUCACCAGUACUCCAUCUUUCAUGCUUACCACAACACCUGUGCUCAGCACUUAGCAAAUAUUACUAUAUAGUACUGUAGUAAAUAUCAUUGCAGUGUAUUAUUCAUCUGGAUAUUUCCUGAUUUAUUCAUUUAAUCCAUUGUCUUAAGUACACAAGUAGCCAAAUCAACCCACAAGUACAGUACAGAUAUUGCUCAAAGGUAAUAAAUAACAUUGUUAAGAAGGUAUUAUAUCCAUAUCAAAUACUACUAUACAGUAAAAACCCCAUAAUUCGGAAUAGUUGGUGCUCUAGCCGUUAUGAAUUAUAAUAUUUUAUGAAAUAUGAGGGACACCUUCUCCCGGGGGAAAAACAAAACAGCGGUGUAAGCAUUUUCACUACAGGUAGUUCUGCUAUAACGCGAUAAUUGUGUUCUUGUAAAAUAUCGUGUUAUAGAAAAUCGCGUAAUAGGAAUAACAGGGCUUAUGGAGAAAAUAGG